AUGGCUCCUGACGAGGAGACGUUGUUGGCGGCUGCUGCUCUGCUACAGAGCCUGGCAAAGGAUACACCGCUGCCUGCUUCGUUCCCUUUCAACGGCCACAAGUACAACCAACCACCGACGAACGGCUGUGAUGUCGCCAAAAUCAAGCUUCCUGGCUUGGAGAGUGAUGGGAAGGCUGCUCUGGAACGAGAGAUAGCCGCCCUAAUCGGCAGACCGCCGUCACGACAUACUCGUGCGUCGAACCUGAAGAACAUCAAUAGCGAACCUGAUAACGACCAAGACACGGAUUCAAAGACUGUCUGCGAAGAUGACUCUACCGAUGAGGACGAUGACAUUGUGGAAGUUAAAAAUCCCUAUGAAGACGACAUAACUUACCUGCGCAAUCGCGUUCAACUACAGGCCGACGAGAUCAAACUGCAAAAGGAGAUAAUCACCCGUGUGCGUGAUGAGUUACGGUUACAGGAAGAACGCACCAAGAACGCCCUGGUCAAGGUGGAAACCGAAGAUGUUGGCCUUCUCGAACGUGAACUUCGGAAGCAUCAACAGGCAAAUGAGGCUUUCCAGAAAGCUCUUAGGGAAAUCGGAGGUAUCAUCACCCAGGUCGCUAACGGUGAUCUGUCCAUGAAAGUACAGAUACACCCCCUAGAGAUGGACCCCGAAAUUACUACAUUCAAACGCACCAUCAACACCAUGAUGGACCAACUCCAGGUAUUCGGAAGUGAAGUGUCCAGGGUUGCCAGAGAAGUCGGAACCGAAGGCAUUCUUGGUGGCCAGGCCCAAAUCACCGGUGUCAACGGUAUCUGGAAAGAGUUGACAGAAAACGUCAAUAUCAUGGCUAGCAACCUCACCGAUCAGGUCCGGGAAAUUGCAACUGUCACCACUGCCGUCGCACAUGGUGACCUAAGCCAAAAGAUUGAACGCCGCGCAAAGGGAGAGAUCCUCGAGCUCCAACAGACCAUCAAUACUAUGGUUGACCAACUUCGCACAUUCGCAACAGAAGUCACUCGAGUCGCCCGUGACGUCGGAACCGAGGGAGUCUUGGGUGGUCAGGCACAGAUUGAGGGGGUAAAGGGCAUGUGGAACGAAUUAACUGUCAAUGUCAAUGCCAUGGCUGAGAACCUCACUACCCAGGUCCGUGAUAUCGCUAUGGUUACCACGGCCGUAGCCAAAGGUGACCUCACCCAAAAAGUGCAAGCCAACUGCAAGGGUGAAAUCCUGGCCCUGAAGACCAUUAUAAAUUCCAUGGUUGACCAACUCAAACAAUUCGCCCAAGAAGUCACGAAGAUUGCCAAAGAGGUCGGCACAGAUGGAAUGCUUGGUGGCCAGGCUACCGUUCAUGAUGUUGAAGGAACCUGGAAGGAUCUGACAGAGAAUGUCAACGGCAUGGCUAUGAAUCUUACAACUCAAGUCAGAGAAAUUGCAGAUGUCACCACUGCUGUUGCAAAGGGCGAUCUUACGAAGAAGGUCACGGCUGAAGUUAAGGGAGAAAUUCUGGAUUUGAAGAAUACCAUCAACAGUAUGGUGGAUCGUUUGAACACCUUCGCCUUUGAAGUCAGCAAGGUUGCUCGAGAGGUAGGAACAGAUGGAACUCUUGGAGGUCAAGCCAAGGUGGACAACGUUGAAGGAAAGUGGAAAGACCUAACCGAUAAUGUCAACACCAUGGCCCAAAACCUCACUGUCCAAGUGCGAGCUAUUUCCAACGUCACCCAGGCCAUCGCCAAAGGAAACAUGAACAAGAAAAUUGAUGUUCAUGCACAAGGUGAAAUACUGACUUUGAAAGAUACCAUAAACAACAUGGUUGACCGACUUGCCAACUUUGCUCAUGAACUGAAGAGGGUUGCCCGUGAUGUCGGUGUCGACGGAAAGAUGGGAGGUCAAGCCAACGUGGAAGGUAUUUCUGGAAGAUGGAAAGAAAUUACGGAGGACGUCAACACCAUGGCAGAUAACCUUACCUCUCAAGUGCGUGCCUUCGGAGAAAUCACGGAUGCAGCCACUGAUGGUGAUUUCACAAAACUCAUUACAGUCGAGGCCUCUGGUGAGAUGGACGAACUGAAAAAGAAGAUCAAUAAAAUGGUGUCAAGCCUCAGAGACAGCAUUCAGCGAAACACAGCUGCUCGAGAAGCUGCCGAGUUGGCCAACCGUACCAAGUCAGAGUUCUUAGCCAACAUGAGUCACGAAAUCCGAACGCCAAUGAAUGGUAUCAUUGGUAUGACCCAGCUCACCCUUGAUACGGACGACCUAAAGCCGUAUCCACGUGAAAUGUUGAAUGUGGUACACAGUUUGGCCAACAGUCUCUUAACCAUCAUUGAUGACAUACUCGACAUUUCGAAGAUCGAGGCCAACAGGAUGGUCAUCGAGAGUAUUCCAUUUACUAUGAGGGGCACAGUUUUCAACGCCUUGAAAACGCUUGCUGUGAAAGCUAAUGAAAAGUUCCUCAAUCUGACUUACCAAGUCGACAGCUCUGUGCCUGACUAUGUCAUUGGGGACCCUUUCCGUCUGCGCCAAAUCAUCUUAAACUUGGUUGGAAAUGCAAUCAAGUUCACUGAACAUGGUGAAGUUACUCUUGAGAUCAAGAAACAUGUACCCCCACCGCCCGCUGAAGGUGAGCCUGAGCGUGAGGUCUGCGCUGAGGAUGAGUACGCAUAUGAGUUCUCUGUUCAAGAUACAGGUAUUGGUAUUGCAAAAGAUAAGUUGGAUAUGAUUUUUGAUACCUUCCAGCAAGCCGAUGGUUCUACUACUCGCAAGUUUGGUGGUACUGGCUUGGGUUUGUCCAUCUCUAAACGUUUAGUCAACUUGAUGGGUGGCGAUGUCUGGGUCACUUCUGAAUACGGCCGUGGCAGUACCUUCCACUUCACCUGCGUUGUUAAGAAGGCAGAUCAAUCUCUAAACGUCAUUGCCUCAUCUUUAAUGCCGUACAAGGGCCACUCAGUCUUGUUCAUCGAUAAGGGAUUCACCGGAGACUAUGCAGAAAAUAUUAUUGGCAUGCUGAGAGCUCUUGAUUUAGUUCCAAUUGUUGUCCACAAUGAGAACAAUGUACCUCCACCAGAAAUCAAAGAUGAAGAAGGGAAAGAGGCCGGCCAUGCUUACGAUGUCAUCAUUGUCGACAUGAUCGAAACGGCACGAACUCUGCGAACAUUCGAUGAAUUCAAGUACAUUCCCAUUGUGCUCCUAUGCCCAGUCGUUUCUGUCAGCUUGAAAUCAGCCCUUGAUCUUGGAAUCACGUCUUACAUGACAACUCCAUGCCAACCGAUCGAUCUUGGCAACGGCAUGCUCCCCGCACUUGAGGGUCGUUCUACACCCCUAACCUCUGACGACUCUCGAUCAUUUGACAUCCUUCUGGCCGAAGAUAAUGACGUUAAUCAAAAGGUUGCGGUUAAAAUACUAGAGAAAUGCAAUCACGGCGUCACCGUUGUCGGCAACGGUCUUCAGGCUCUUGAGACUAUCAAGAAGCGCCGAUUCGAUGUUAUUCUUAUGGAUGUCCAGAUGCCAAUUAUGGGUGGUUUUGAAGCAACUGGUGAAAUUCGUGCAUAUGAGAAGCGCCACGGCCUUACCCGGACGCCCAUCAUCGCCUUGACUGCACACGCUAUGUUGGGAGAUCGCGAGAAAUGCAUCCAAGCCCAAAUGGACGAAUAUUUAUCUAAGCCGCUUAAGCAAACGCAGAUGAUGCAGACGAUUCUCAAAUGUACUACCCUCGGAGGACCACUCCUUGAGAAGAGCAAUAACGACUCAAGACUUGGCAUAAACACGCAGAUGCAUGGUAGAAAUCGCAUGCACUCUUCUGAUUACCGCGACAGACGCCCACGUAUAGACCGGCGCCUUGAGCCACGAACCUAUGGAGGUGCAGAAGGGCCGACCAGCUCAACACCCGAAGCCAAGAAGACUACUACCAAUGAUGAGACUAAGGAGGAGGAACCUGUGAGUUUCCCAUGA